AUGGCCCUGGGAGGGUCGAGGAAGAUAUCCUUCAAUGUUUCUGAUCAGUAUGACAUCCAGGAUGUGAUUGGGGAAGGCGCAUAUGGUGUUGUCUGCUCCGCCCUCCACAAACCAUCUGGCCAGAAGGUCGCUAUAAAGAAGAUAACCCCGUUCGAUCACUCGAUGUUCUGUCUGCGCACGCUGCGCGAGAUGAAACUCUUGAGAUACUUCAAUCAUGAAAACAUCAUUUCUAUCCUCGACAUCCAGAAGCCCCGUAACUACGAGAGCUUUACUGAAGUAUACCUCAUCCAGGAACUUAUGGAGACAGAUAUGCAUCGUGUGAUCCGCACCCAGGACCUUUCCGACGACCAUUGCCAGUACUUUAUCUACCAGACCCUGCGAGCCCUGAAAGCUAUGCACUCUGCGAACGUUCUUCACCGUGAUCUGAAGCCAUCCAACUUGCUCCUUAACGCGAAUUGUGAUCUGAAAGUCUGUGAUUUCGGCCUAGCCCGUUCCGCUGCUUCAACAGAUGACAACUCUGGAUUUAUGACAGAAUAUGUAGCCACCCGUUGGUAUCGUGCCCCGGAAAUCAUGUUGACCUUCAAAGAAUAUACCAAAGCGAUUGAUGUGUGGAGUGUUGGCUGCAUAUUAGCGGAAAUGUUGAACGGCAAACCCCUGUUUCCUGGCAAGGACUAUCACCACCAACUUACCCUUAUCCUCGACGUUCUGGGAACACCAACCAUGGAAGACUAUUACGGCAUCAAGUCGCGUCGCGCUCGAGAAUAUAUCAGAUCCCUUCCGUUCAAAAAGAAGAUACCCCUGAAAGCUCUUUUCCCCAAGACCUCCGAUCUGGCUUUGGACCUGCUUGAGAAGCUCCUCGCAUUCAAUCCUGUCAAGCGCAUCAGUGUCGAAGACGCUUUGCGCCACCCAUACCUGGAACCCUACCACGAUCCAGAGGAUGAACCAACUGCUGACCCCAUCCCCGAAGAAUUCUUUGAUUUCGACAAAAAUAAGGACUCCCUGAGCAAGGAGCAGCUAAAAGUUCUUAUCUUUGAGGAGAUCAUGCGGUAG